GCAGAAACCCUCCUGGCUGCCUGCGAGGAGGAAGCAGCCCCACCUCGGGGGCUGGGAAAUAAAGAGAGGGUCUGGGCUGGGCUGAGGCCAGCCUGGGAGCUGCCGAGCGCCGCAGGGACACGGGGGGACCUCGCUGGAUUUUGGGCCUUUCCUUCCCGUUUUUUUCCUCCUGAAUUGUUAAGUUGGGCCCCAUCUUCUUCUUAACACCCCAUCCUUGCCUACCGGGCCUGCUGUGUGAUGCUGUGCUGUCUCAGUUGAGCUGGGGACCUUGGCUGACUGUGAUCUCUGGGAAGUCAAGCAUCUGACCAGAAGGAGCAUCUGCUGUGAGCCAUGGGUUCACAGGACGACAUAGUAGAGGAUGAUAAGAAGGCACAACUUGCUAAAAAACUACUGGCAGAAGAAUUGGAGAAGGAAGGACUGGAUGAUGCAUACUGGCUCCCCAAACUGACGGAGAUACUGGGAGUCAAGUCCAGAGAAGCCCUGAAACAUCUGCAAUAUGAAGACUACCUUAAGCUGGAGUGCAAAGUACAGCACCCCUGGGAAACAAAGGCGCUCCGAAAACUCCUGGGACUAACAGACAACAAAGCAAGUUCUGAGGAGCUGCAGAAGGAACGCUUGGAGAUGACAAAAAAGAGACAGGAAACCGCCAAGCUAGUGCUGGAGGAGCUGAAAGAAAUGCACAAGAGCCGCAGCCACAGUAUGGACGUUACGAGACAGAAAGUGGAGGCUCUGUGGAAAGCCAUGGAGAUUCCCCAAGAAUACUGGGCACCACCGGAGAAGCCAUUGGCGAGUCUGCUGGAGGGCAUCCAGAAGCAGCUGGAGCAGCAGGAGUCGUCGGUGAGCAGGGGUGAGAACGUCUCUGACAUGGAGGUCCUGAGGCGGGCAUCGGGGGGACUGGCCCUGCAGGGCAUUUACAGAACCAGCAGCGUUGCGGAUGCGCUGGCGAAGCGAGACCAGCUCAUCAGGGUUCCCGACGGAUUCAAGCUUGCUGGUCCGGAGCAAGGGUCGCUGCUUGAGAGGAAGGAGUUCUCCUCCUCUGCCGCAGAAGCCGCUUUCACCAAGUCCAUGGAGCAGCUGGGGUUCAGCAUCAGUGUUUCUGCCAAAGCCGGGUUCUGGGGGUUUAAGGCUGAACUUGAUGUAGAUCAUAGCAAGUCCUCGCAGUCAGAGGACACCCGCAAGUCCCGCUCUGAGCACAGCUACAUUUGCACCACCAAGUACCAGUACAUCCCUCUGGCCUCCUGCUACUUCCAAAAGCAUCAGCUUUGCCUCUCGGAUGCGGCCCUGCGGGAGCUACAAGACAUCGAGCACCUUUUGAGCAUCACCCAGGAAGCAGACAGGCCCAACAUGCUGAAGAGCAGGUGCGCGAGCUUCUUCAGCAGGUUUGGGUCCCACGUGAACCAGGGUCCCCUCCACUUUGGGGGGAUUUUCUGGUGGAAGGCAUCUACGGAAGGAUUCAGAGCUGAGCAGCGGGAAGAGAUGAAGCGACUGGCAUCUGAAGCACUGAACAGCUACAUCGGGGCCAGCUACAGCGGCUUCGUUUUCAGCGGGGGAGUGGGUGUGGACGUUUCAAAAUCCAGUUUAGGGGCUUCCAUUCAGGGGAGAGAUGAAAAGGGUGCCCACACAGCGGUUCAGCUCUACGUGACCAACACAGGGGGCCCACCAGGGAUGGAUUCUCUUCCUCAGUGGAAAGUGGGGCUUGUAACUAAUAAUUCAACCUGGUGUGUUAUCGACCGAGGCUUUCAGCUGAUCCCAGUGUGGGAUAUAAUCCUGUUCAAUCACAGCAGUGAUUUUAAGUCCGUCUAUCAAAUAAGCAGCAGCCUCAGGGCUGUGUACGAAGCGUUAACGAAUCACAGUGCUGGCGCCGUGUUUGGAGAGGAGCUGGUCAGCGCGGUGGAAGAGGCCAGAGCUUUCAUGGAGUGCGUGAAGGCCUGGGAGGUGGCAGUGGAUGAAAAGAAACUGCUCACGCUGAUGGAAUUGAAACAGAAUCUGAGUGAAAAAACCCAAAACCAUAGUGUCUGGAUCAAUGUAUGCCUGUCGGACAAAGCACUGCAGGAGUUCCUGGUGAACACCGUUCUGUUUUACAAGAAGUCACCUCCAGAAAACACCACCUAUAUCAAGUCUCUGUUGAGGUGCCUCCUGGAUCCUCAUGUCUAUUCUGUCAAGGACUUCCCCAGGUCUUCCUUCAUUAUGCAAUGGAUUUUCCAUAGUGAGAAUAUGCUUCCUGAAACUCCCAAUGUUUCUGAGCUUGAAGAUCUCACCAAGACACUGGUGCAAAUGAAGGAUUACAUCCAGGAAGUCACCUACGCACCAGAAACGUCUGCAUCUGUCAUUCAUGAAGCAAAGAUAAAAGCCACCUUGACUGCAAGCCUAGCGAUUUAUUCCUUGCUCCAGUGUCUCCAGGAAAGGGCCCAGAAAGACGUGGAACUGUUGGUGCUCUUAAUUACGACCAGCAUGGGAUACCAGGUGGAAAGCAGCACUUUUCAGUACCUCCUUGGAUGUCCAGAAAUUAACUUCAUGAUAAAUGAAAUGCAAAUGGGACAUAAGGAGUAUCUGAAUCUGAAGGAGCAAGAUGUUUACAGAGCCCAGGCCUUCCUGCUGCUGACGGGUCUAAAUGUAACACCUGAACACAAAAAGGUGUCCCCUGAGCAGAAGACUAAGCGUUUAGGUUUCAUGGAAGAUCAAAUGAAAAACUUGUGGUCCACAGAGAUAAAAACUCUCCUCGAGAAGCACAGUGCAUCCAAAGACUGGGAGAUGCUGGACAGUGACUUGCAUUCCUUCAUCAAUGGGCACCUGGAUGACACAUGUGACGACGUGAAAAAACACAAUAUAAUCAAAGACAUAAAAGACACUUUUCAAAGAACAGAGCCUUCCAGUCAGUCCAAAUCCAAACCUGAUGGCAGCAAAUCCAAAGCAAAUCAAGCCAUUGCAAACCAAGAGUUCCUCCACUUACUUCAGCGCCUUGGACUAGAAAGUCACUAUCCAAAAAAGAUGGGGACAGAAGAUUUCCACAUCAUAUACAAAACAUCUUUACAUGACAGCCAGCCCAGCAAGGACAAUGAACUACCAUUUUACUUCUUGCAAAAGCUAUUAACCGUGGAUUAUCGGGUGCGGUACCUGACUUGCAAGGAUGAGAGCAACCCAGGACCCACACCCGUGCAGGAACCCUCGGAUUCCUUUGAUGACUUUUUCACUGAUUUGGAGGAAGAAGCCCCUGAAUCUGCAGCCGGGGGCAGACGUGUGCACCCCAUGGACCUCCAGAUGGCAAUUUUUCAUUGCGCUGAUGAUUUCAUGAGGCAGUACAUUUCCACAAAGCUUGCCUUCUGUCAGUUUGCGCUACCUCUGCUGGUACCAAACCCGUGCACUUCACAGAUAGAGUUCCCCAUCUGGUCCCUCAGCCAAAUCAAAAAGAGCUGGAAAGGGGCUGAGAAAUCGGGAAAGCAGGCCAUAAUUAGCAGUUACAAGAACAAGCUCAUUUAUCAGGCAGAGACACCCAUCGUGUCCUUCAUACGGAUCGGCAGUUCUCCCUCCUCUUCCAAGUCUCAGAUCCUGAAUGCUCUGCUGAGCAAAAAAAAGCAUGACACUUUCUUCCACCGACAUUGCAAAGGCAGCACCAAAGACUGUUUGCUGAUGCAAGGUGUUGUGGAGAUCUCCUGGUACUGUCCCCGCGGCAGCGACGAUGACAGCUUUGACUGCUGUGUUGCUUUCUGUAACCUGCACGGAGAUGCGAGGGAUCACGAAGAGCAGCUGCAGUUUUUACAGGAGAUAUCUGCUGUGAACGUGGCUUUCGUGUCCGAGUCUGAUCAGAGUGACAAGAAAGGGAUGAAAAUUUUACGUGACCUGUGGCAGUCGCAGAGGCCUUUGGUUUGCCUUUUCACUGAAAAAGAGAAUGUUGCAGCUGGCCGAUCUAGCCAGAACAUAAGAAUAGGUAUAAAGAACAGAAAUGAAGCAGAAUUAAUGGAUGAGCUGACAAAAACAAUCAGGGAUCUCCUGGAAAAGUCUAACAUGCUUUUAAGCCUUGAAGCCUGCCUGGACAGAGCUCGCAAGCACGGAUUCGUAGUCGAUGAAGAUACAGACGCGUGUGUGAUGGCCAAACAAAAGGCAGAGGCGCUGGUGAAGCUUCUGAAGAAAGAGAAGUUGUUUGAGAUCAAAUCCCAGCUACUGCCUCUUCAAGGAAAACUGUGGUACAUGUGGUGCAAAAAGGACAAAGAACUCACUCGCCUGCAGGAGAAGAGGAACAAGAGCAUAGAGCAUCAUCGGAGCCAAAUUGAAUUAGAGAAGUCAGCCAUAAGAAAAAAGCAGCUGAACAAAGCAUUCCCCCUCAAUGAGCUGAUGAAGUCAGUCCUCAGCUUUCUCCAGUCACAGCCAGCAGAUACCAAGAAAUACUUCCUGCAGUGGAUGAAGGUCUUUAUGGAUGACCUGUCCUCCGAUCGCCUUGACGAACUGAGGAGACAGUAUCACCAGUUAUGGUCUCAAAUCCUGUCCAUAAAGAAAAGCAGCGAAAAAACCAAUCUGAAACCUAUGUUGAUGAGUAAGUUAGAUGCCCUCUCCAAUGAAAUCAACGAUUCGUCCAUUGGCCUCGAGCAUAUUUUGAGAGAGGUAGGGCAGAUUUAUGAAGCUCUGGAAUCAAUGAAAUCAAAGGAUAAAUGUUUUGUCAAACUACCUGAAAUUGCAGCUGAUCUGAUGGUUUCAGGGUAUCCCAUCGAGCUGAUGGAUGGUGAUGCUUCUUACGUACCAUUACGAUGGGUCGGGGCAAUCUUUGACAAAUUAAUUGAGAAGCUGGGAGACAAACGAGUAUUUGUUCUCUCGGUGCUUGGCAUCCAGAGCACAGGGAAGUCAACCCUGUUGAAUGCCAUGUUUGGUCUUCAGUUUAAUGUCAGUGCAGGGAGAUGCACCCGGGGAGCGUUUAUGCAGCUAAUUAAAGUGGAUGAGAAGCUGCAACAGGAUUUGGACUUUGAUUACAUGCUUGUUGUUGACACAGAGGGACUUCGUGCCAUAGAGUUGGCCAAUAAACAGUCCCUUAAUCAUGACAACGAGCUGGCCACCUUUGUUAUUGGCAUUGGCAACUUGACUCUGAUCAAUAUCUUUGGGGAAAAUCCUUCAGAAAUGCAAGAUGUCCUUCAGAUCGCUGUGCAGGCUUUUCUGAGGAUGAAGCAAGUAAAUCUUUCCCCAGGCUGCCUGUUCGUACACCAAAAUGUGGGAGAAAUAACUGCCAAGGAACAGAACAUGGAAGGACAAAGACGUCUGCAGGAAAAGCUGGAUGAAAUGACUGUGACAGCUGCCCAGCAGGAAUUCUGUGAUGUCUCCUGCUUCAGCGACGUCAUCAGCUUUGACGUGAACACCCACAUUCAUUACUUUGCUCACCUGUGGGAAGGAAACCCCCCAAUGGCACCGCCCAACCCCACCUACAGCCAGAAUGUCCAGGAAUUAAAGAGCAAAAUUCUCCAAGCUGCCAAGAAGGAGUCGCAGGGCAGUGUUUUGAGGCUCUCGAGCUUGAAAGUUCGAAUUAGUGACCUCUGGAACGCUUUGCUGAAUGAAAACUUCAUUUUCAGCUUCAAGAAUUCAGUGGAGAUUGCUGCAUACAAGAAACUGGAAACCGCAUUUAGUGAGUGGACCUGGCAGCUGAGGAGUCACAUCUUAGAUUUGCAAAUGAAACUGGACAAUAAAAUUCGGAAUGGGGACUUGCAGAGGGUCACCGCAGACUACCUUGAAAAACUAGUGCAAGGGACAAGUGAUGCCAUCACGAAAAACAUGGAAAAGUAUUUCAGUGAAGACAGAGACUGUGAGAUACUGGUCCAGUGGAAAGGCAGCACGGAACUGAAGCUGAAAGAACUAAAAGACUCUCUUCUUCUUGAAACUAGAAAGAAGUGCGAGAAUCUUAUUGAGCUAAAGAAGAACCAGUGUAAACUGGAUGAAAGGAAGUCAGAAUACGAAAACGAGCUCCUGAAAAGGAGCAGGCAUUUGGCUCUGACCCUAAAAGGCCAGAGACUAAGUGAAAGAGAACUGAGAAGCAGCUUUAUUGCUCUCUGGGCAACCUGGGUCGCUGAAGUCUCCUCUGCAGCUCCUCCUCUGGAACACGUUGAUAUCGAUGUGGAAAUAGAAGAUGUCCUUCUAGAUUACUUUAGGGAGCCUAAAUUACAUGAACGAAUCAGGGCAUUUCCCAAACACAAAGUAUUUUCUGUUGACUUGGAGAAACAUGUCCCUAAGAAAAAACGUUGGGGCUUCUUGACUACGAGUUUUGAUGAUGCUGAUUUGAGCAACAUACAGCGCAUUACAGACAACAUCAUUGACUGUGUGAAGGCAAACAUUGAUAAGAAGGAAAAGGAGAAAAGGGAUUACAACCGAAGUUUUAUUCAUGAAAUACUGAAGGAAGUACAGAAAGGUAUGAACUCUGUCCCUGACAGUGCAAAAUACAGUUUUAAUAAAGAUUACAGAAUAGAUUUGUCACUGUAUCUGUGCAACAUGGCAGCAGAAAGGUUUAAAGCCUUGCACUUAGCAUUCAAAAAAGCAAACGAUCCAACCAUCUACCUGGAGAGCAAGAGAGAAGAUUUCUUUAAAUGUUUCCAGAUAUCCUGCCAAGGAGCCACUUCUAUCACAACAUUCGCUGUUUUCCUGUGUGACAAGAUUGCCCCCGCUCUCCAACAGGCAGUCUAUGAGAAGACGGCUCUUGCCAUAGCUCGGGACAUGAAGGGUAAAAUCCCAGAUUUCAGUGGCAACAGAUCCUCUCUGGAAGUCUGCCUACUGAGAUACAUGGCGGAAAAAGAAAAUUUUGAGAAUUUCAAGGAGUACCUUAAUUGCCCAGGAGACUUUUUACGGAGUUACAUAAAGAAACGUGUUGAGACGUACUGCUUAGAUAAGAACAGGAGGCUGGAGAAGUUUUUAGACGACUCCCUUAGUCACUGCUAUGAAAGCAUUCAGUCAGCCGUUUUUGCAUCAACCAACAUUGUCAAAGACAGGCAAGACAGAAAUGACAAAAUCUCUCUUUGGCUGGAUGAAUUUUGCAGCGCACUUGGAGAGGUGCUAAGCCUGCCCAGAAGGGAGCUGAAGGGCAUUGAGCAUCAGGAGAUAACAGACAUAGAGUUCCUGAAUAAUGCCAUGACAGAAGCGCUGUCUGCCGUGAAGGAUCAGCUCAAGGAAGAGCUCGCUACUGCUGAUAUGAGCUCCUUUGAAAGGCAGCCUUACGAAAUCCUGGCGGAACAGUUUGCAGGGUGCUGGGAGCAGUGUCCCUUUUGUGGGGCUGUUUGCACAAACACCAUGCCGAAUCACGACGGAGACCAUCAGCUUGUUUUCCACCGUCCGCAAGUUUUGACUGGAUACAGGUGGUACAAAACAGACAAUCUGGUCAUCGAUAUUUGUUCUAGUAGCGUUGCAAGUGACUGUUCAUUCAGGAUUGGUGAAGACACAUGGAUCCCCUACAAGAGAUACCGGGAUGCAGGAUCUCCAUAUUCCACUUGGAACAUUCCUCCUGAUCCGUCCAUGCAAGCGUACUGGAAAUGGUUUGUGUCUCAUUUCAGGACAGAGCUAGAAAGGCGGUACAAUGGGAAAUUUCAAGGCAAAGGAGAAAUACCUGCUUCGUGGCAGAUAAUUACAAAGCAGGAAGCGCUGGAUGAACUGGGGAAGCUUUAGGCCAAGUCGAUAUGAAGGAAAAACCACAACUGCUUUGUAUUUUAGAAGAACAUAGAAUCACAGAAUCUUCAUGGUUGGAAAGGACCCUUAAGAUCAUCAAGUCCAACCAGACAACCUACAAUCUCUGCCACUAGAGCAUGCCCUGAAGUGCCACAUCCAGACGUUCCUUAAACACCUCUAGGGAUGGGGACUCAGCCCCCUCCCUGGGCAGGCUGUUCCAGUGCCUGACCACUCUUUCAGUAAAGGAAUUUCUCCUGAUAUCUAACCUAAACCUCCCCUGCCGCAGCUUCAGCCCAUUUCCUCUGGUCCUGUCAUUAUUCCCCUGGGAGAAGAGGCCAACCCCCACCUCUCUGCACCCUCCUUUCAGGGAGUUGUAGAGGGCAAUGAGGUCUCCCCUCAGCCUCCUCUUCUCCAAGCUCAACAUGCCCAGCUCCCUCAGCCUCUCCUCAGAUGCCCUGGUCUCCAGAGCCCUCACCAGCCUGGUCGCUCUCCUCUGGACACGCUCCAGCACCUCAAUGUGCCUCUUGUACAGCGGGGCCCAGACCUGAACACAGCACUCGAGGUGAGGCCUCACCAGUGCCCAGUACAGAGGCACCAUCACUUCCCUGCUCCUGCUGGCCACGCUAUUCCUGAUACAAGCCAGAAUACUGCUGGCCUUCUUGGCCACCUGGGCACACUGCUGGCUCGUGUUAAGCUGGCUCCACCAGCACCCCCAGGUCCUUUUCUGCCGGGCAGCUUUCCAGCCACUCUGCCCCAAGCCUGUUGCGUUGCUUGGGGUUGUUGUGGGUGACAUGCAGGACCGAGCACUUGGCCUUAUUAAACCUCAUCCCAUUGGCCUUGGCCCAUCGAUCCAGCCUGUCCAGGUCCCUCUGUAGAGCCUUCCUACCCUCCAGCAGAUCAACACUCCCACCUAGUUUGGUGUCGUCUGCAAACUUACUGAGGGUGCACUCAAUCCCCUCAUCCAGAUCAUUGAACAUAGUAGAAGUCUAUCCACAAAAUAUUGUUGUCACGACUACGACCCCAAGCCGCAUGAAGAAAACGAUAUCUAAUUGCUCACAAAGUGGGGUGAAAUAAGGCAUGCUACUCCUGCCAUUGCUCAGAAACUCCUACUAUUGCUCAGAAACUCCCUUGCUUCAUGCUGAAGCCAGAAUCCUUUUCCCUCCUUGCCGUAAACAUUUACCUCUGCUUUGUCUUAGAGAAAAAAAAACAGCACAAAAACCCAUCCCUGCAGCGAGCAGUCAUAUGGCCAGGAUUAAGACCAAGUGCCAGAUGAAGAGCAAAGGCAGCAUUAGAAAAUACCAGUUUUGUCAGCUGCUGUGAGAAAAUAUGUGACACUGGCAAAAAAUUAGUUUUCCUGCAGCAGGUACUGUAAGAGAUGGACUGUAAAUUCCCUGAGGAGGGGCAGAAGGCCCUCCAAGCCUUCAAUGGAAUGCCUCAAACACUCGCAAGGAAAUAAAUAAUGCAGGCCUGGCCUUCAAAGAACUGAUAAGGCUCACGCUUCUGGUGCCCGAAAGCGUGGGAGAACUGCCUUGUGAAGCAGCAAAAACCGCCAACCACCUCACUGGUACAGUCCCAGCUGGUCCCGUGUGCUCCAGACCAUGGCUCCGUUGCCACCAGCCUGUUUUGACAGCACAAACACUAACAUCACACACUGCUGAGGAAGCUGCAAAGACACGUGAGUCUCUGCAUCUGUCAUACAAAGGCCAUGCCACUCCUGUGGUGAGCUCACUAGUUCUCAGUUCUCAAGGCCAUUGUGUCCGAUAAGUGACCUUUGCUUCAUUAUCCGCGCAAUCUUUGAAAGGUCAUGGAGAACAGGAGAGGUGCCUGAGGACUGGAGGAAGGCCAAUAUCACUCCAGUCUUCAAAAAGGGCAGGAAGGAGGACCCAGGGAACUACAGACCAGUUAGUCUCACCUCCGUCCCUGGGAAGGUAAUGGAGCAACUCAUUCUGGAUGUUGUAUCCAAGCAUGUUCAGGAGCAGGAAGUUAUUGGAAGUGGUCAACAUGGAUUUACCAAGGGUAAAUCAUGCUUGACCAAUCUCAUGGCCUUCUAUGAUGUUAUAACUGGUUGGCUGGACGAGGGCAGAGCAGCAGAUGUCAUCUACCUUGACUUCAGCGAGGCUUUUGACACUGUCUCUCACAACAUCCUCCUUCGGAAACUGAGGAAGUGUGGACUAGACGAGGGGACAGUGAGGUGGAUUGAGAGCUGGCUGUGUGACAGGACUCAGAGGGUUGUGAUUAAUGGAGCAGGGUCGAGUUGGAGGCCUGUAACCAGUGGUGUCCCCCAGGGGGUCAAUCCUUGGACCAGUAUUGUUUAACGAAUUCAUCAAUGACCUGGACGAGGGGACGGAGUGUAUGCUCAGCAAGUUUGCUGAUGAUACCAAACUGGGUGGGGUGGCCGACACUCCAGAGGGCCGUGUUGCCAUCCAGCAUGACCUAGACAGGCUGAGGAGCCGGGCAGAGAAGAACCUCAUGAGGUUCAACAAGGGCAAGUGUAGGGUCCUGCACCUGGGAAGGAAGAAUGUCAGGCACCAGUAUAGGUUAGGGGUGGACCUGCUGGAAAGCAGCUCUGAAGAAAAGGAUCUGGGGGUCUUGGUAGACAGUAAAUUAUCCAUGAGCCAGCAAUGUGCCCUUGUUGCCAAGAAGGCCGACGGAAUUCUGGGCUGCAUAGGGAAGAGUGUGGCCAGUAGGUCAAGGGAGGUCAUUCUCCUCCUUUACUCUGCCCUGGUGAGGCCACAACUGGAAUACUGUGUCCAGUUCUGGGCUCUUCAGUUCAAGAGAGACCGGGAACUACUGGAGAGAGUCCAGUGAAGGGCAACUAAGAUGAUUGAGGGGUUGGAGCACCUCCCUUAUGAGGAAAGGCUGAGAGAGCUGGGACUCUUUAGCCUGGAGAAGAGAAGGCCGAGGGGGGACCUGAUUAAUGUUUACAAGUACCUAAGGGGUGGGUUUAAGGAGGAUGGAGCCAGACUCUUUUCAGUGGUUCCCAGUAACAGGACGAGGGGUAACGGGCACAAGCUGGAACAUAGCAAGUUCCGAUCAAAUAUGAGAAAAAACUUUAUGGCGAGGGUGACAGAGCCCUGGAACAGGCUGCCCAGGGAGGGUGUGGAGUCCCCUUCUCUGGAGACUUUCAAGACCCGCCUGGACGCAGUCCUGAGUGAUGUGCUCUGGGCAAUCCUGCUCUAGCAGGGGAGUUGGACUGGAUGAUCUCUAGAGGUCCCUUCCAAAUCUGAAAAAUUCCGUGAUUCCGUGAAAUGCAUAGGAAAGCGCACACCCUGCAUACGCUAAUGAAGAUUACAGAGACCAUGCUAAACACGUAUGACUACGGCACUCCUCUCUCCACCCAAAUCAUGCUCCAUGUCACCUGGGAGAAGGGAGAAACCCGAGCCAAGGCUGUCCUUGGCAAGGGGGGUGGACUGUGCUAAUUCAGCAAACGGAAAAGGGGAAAACAAGUGCCCCUGGAGGGGAACAAAGAAGAAACAAAAGAAGAAGAUAGUGCCUGGGAAUAUGCUUCCCAAGAAAGAAGACCGUACCUGGGAAGAUUCCUCCCAAGAAAGAAGACCGUACCUGGGAAGAUUUUUCCAAGAAAGAAGAAGAUUGUGCCUGGGAAGAUUCCCUGAAAAAGAUGCUGGAACCAGGACCGGUGAUCUCUUUAGCUCUGUCUUUUUCUCGGUCUUUUCCUGUCUCUAUCCCUCAGUUUCUCUUUUCUCUUAGAAUUGUUAAGUAAUGGUUAGAGUUGUUAACUAACGACCUUAAGUACGACCUUAAGUACCGCUUGCCAUAGUUGUCCUGUGCCUGCCGUUAGUAACAGAACCCAUACCUCACCAUGUGCCGUCCUUUGUCAUACACCUAACCGACUACCGUGGACUUGUUAAGACCUACACUAACCAUUUUGGGAAGGAAAUAAAUGUUUCUAUAUGCACCUGGAGAUUUAUCUCACCUUAGUCCAUGCCGUUGGGAAUUUACGAAUCUGAAGUCACUUACCCUUUUAUGGCCCACUUUCCUGGGAGUGGGACGUGACAGGUACUUGUCACGUUUAAAGACAGGGCUGCGGGAUCUGAGAGCAGCUUGACAUUGGUGGCGAGCUGUGUUCUUCUGCGUUUCGGGAUUAUCAGUCCCUUAUCGAUCCCUUACUGAUAAACUGAGCUGGUACUCAGAUCAGUAGACAGAAGAGUCUCCGAUGUCACCUCCAAUGUCAUCAGUUAUCACAACAGCCUCCAUGGAUUUAGGAUAUUCAGUAUACUUCACAUGUUAGGGUGAGCUGCUCCUACGCAGGUGCCUGGGCCUGGCGAAUUUACCUCCAGCUCUUAGCCACGAUAGCAACUCCCUUGCCAUUUGCUUCGCUGUUGAGCAAAAGCCUUUGUAUGACCGAUGUGGAGACUUACGUGUCUUUGCAGCUUCCUCAGCAGUGUGUGAUGUUAGUGUUUGUGCUGUCAAGGCAGGCUGGUGGCAAUGGAGCCAUGGUCUGGAGCACACGGGACCAGCUGGGACUGUACCAGCGCGGUGGUUGGUGGUUUUUGCUGCGCAGUUCCUAUGACCCCGCUGGAAAUCCAAGAACCAAGCCCACCUGGAGAGUUGCUAAAGUGGUUAGUCAGUAUAAUCUCUUGUUGUCUUUGCUAAUAAACUUGUUGUGGUGGA